CCUGCUAUUCUUCUGCGGGCCGCUUCCCAGGGCCGUCAUGCCAGGCUGGCGGGGCGCAGUGCGGCCCCCGCGGCUCGGGGGAGAGCUGGGUUUUCAUGGGGCAGCGAGCGAGGCAGCACCCGCAGCCAUGAACAGCUUCAAUGGGCUCUGCAAGGUGUGUGCGGAGCGCCGCUACCGCCAGAUCGCCAUCCCGAGAGGCAAGGACGGCUUCGGCUUCACCAUCUGCUGUGACUCCCCUGUCCGGGUCCAGGCCGUGGAUUCUGGAGGCCCGGCCGAGCGGGCAGGCCUACAGCAGCUGGACACCGUGCUGCAGCUGAAUGAGAGGCAUGUGGAACACUGGAAGUGUGUGGAGCUGGCGCACGAGAUUCGGAGCUGCCCCGGGGAGAUCAUCCUGCUGGUGUGGCGCAUGGUGCCCCAGGUCAAGCCGGGGCCAGAUGGCGGGGUCCUGCGGCGGGCCUCCUGCAAGUCCUCACAUGACCUGCAGUCACCCCCCAACAAGCGCGAGAAGAACUGUGCCCACGGGCCCCCAGCCCGGCCCGAGCAGCGCCACAGCUGCCACCUGGUGUGCGACAGCUCCGACGGGCUGCUUCUGGGCGGCUGGGAGCGCUACACCGAGGUGGCCAAGCGUGGCGGCCAGCACACCCUGCCUGCACUGUCCCGGGCCACCGCCCCUGCCGACCCCAACUACAUCAUCCUGGCCCCGCUGAACCCUGGGAGCCAGUUGCUGAGGCCCGUGUACCAGGAAGACACCAUCCCCGAAGAGUCGGGGAGUCCCAGCAAAGGCAAGUCCUCCACGGGCCUGGGCAAGAAGUCCCGGCUGAUGAAGACGGUGCAGACCAUGAAGGGCCAAGGCAACUACCAGAACUGCUCAGCCCUGCGGCCGCAUGCACCACACUCCAGCUAUGGCACCUACGUCACCCUGGCCCCCAAGGUCCUGGUGUUCCCCAUCUUCGUCCAGCCCUUGGACCUCUGCAACCCGGCGCGGACCCUGUUGCUGUCGGAAGAGCUGCUGCUGUAUGAGGGGAGGAACAAGGCUGCUGAGGUAACCCUGUUUGCCUACUCGGACCUGCUGCUCUUCACCAAGGAGGACGAGCCAGGACUCUGCAACGUGCUGAGAAACCCCCUGUACCUGCAGAGCGUGAAGCUGCAGGAAGGCUCCUCCGAGGACCUGAAGUUCUGUGUGCUGUACCUGGCGGAGAAGGCGGAGUGCUUAUUCACGUUGGAGGCGCACUCACGGGAGCAGAAGAAGAGGGUGUGCUGGUGCCUGGCAGAGAACAUCGCCAAGCAGCAACAGCUGGCCGCGCCCCUGCAGAGCAAGAUGUUUGAGUCAGAGGCGAAUGAGAAGAGGGAGAUGUCGUUGGCAGAAGGGAAGGUGGCCGAGGAGCCCCCACCCAGCAAGGAACCGGCUCCGGUGCCUCCUCCAGAACCAGCCCCCGCACCUGACAAGGAGUCCUCAGGCCAGGAACGUCCAGGCCCAGAUGCACCGGCUGCUGGCACAGACCUGCCUGCCCCCGAGGAGGGCGCCGGGGCCCCUGACCCCGCACCCAGCCUCCAGGAGGCCCCUUCCGCCCCAGACGACACCCCUUCCUCCCGGGACCUUGCCACGGGUCCCGAGCCCCCUCCUCCCAGCCAAGCCCUCCCUGCUCCCGCGGAUGCCCCCGCUCCGGACCUGUCCCCACCCAGCCAGGCCAAGGAGCCCCCGAGUCCCGGGGACCCCGCAGCAGCCGCUCCGUCGUCGUCGUCGUCGGGGGACCCUCCCGGGGUCUGCAAGCACAAGUUCGUGAUCCCGGAGGUCCGGCUGGAUUGCGCCUACAGCCAGGCGGGGGCGGAGGGCGGCGGCAGCUCGGGCGCCGAGGAGGAGGAGGAGGAGGAAGGGGACGAGGAGGGCCAGGAGGACGACGAGGAGGAGGAGGACGAGGAGGACACGAGCGACGACAACUACGGGGAGCGCGCCGAGGCCAAGCGCAGCAGCAUGAUCGAGACGGGCGCGGGCGCCGCGGACGGCCUGUGCCUGCGCGUGCAGAGCUCGCUGCGGCGCCGCACGCACAGCGAGGGCAGCCUGCUGCAGGACGCGCGCGGGCCCUGCUUCUCCUCGGACACCACGCUGCACUGCUCGGACGGCGAGGGCGCCGCGCCCGCCUGGACCAUGCCCUCGCCCGGCACGCUCAAGAAGGAGCUGGGCCGCAACGGCGGCUCCAUGCACCACCUCUCGCUCUUCUUCACGGGGCACCGGAAGAUGAGCGGACCUGACACGGUUGGGGACGACGAUGAAGUCUCGCGGAAGAGAAAGAGCAAAAACCUGGCCAAGGACAUGAAGAACAAACUGGGCAUCUUCCGGCGGCGCAACGAGUCUCCCGGGGCGCAGCCCGCCGCCAAGGCGGACAAAGUGAUGAAGUCGCUCAAGCCCACCUCGGAGGAGGCCCUCAAGUGGGGCGAGUCCUUGGAGAAGCUCCUGCUUCACAAGUACGGCUUAGCCGUGUUCCAGACCUUCCUACGCACCGAGUUUAGCGAGGAGAACCUGGAGUUCUGGCUGGCCUGCGAGGACUUCAAGAAGGUCAAGUCGCAGUCCAAGAUGGCAGCCAAGGCCAAGAAGAUCUUCGCGGAGUACAUAGCCAUCCAGGCCUGCAAGGAGGUAAACCUGGACUCGUACACCCGGGAGCACACCAAGGACAACCUGCAGUGUGUCACACGCAACUGCUUCGACCUGGCGCAGAAGCGCAUCUUCGGGCUCAUGGAGAAGGACUCGUACCCGCGCUUCCUCCGCUCCGACCUCUACCUGGACCUCAUUAACCAGAAGAAGCUGAGCCCCCCGCUUUAGGGGGCGCCCCGGCCCAGCGCAGCUCAGUGUGCACACCAGGCGACCCGGGCCCCCUGCCCUGACCAAGGAUGGAGGGACGGAGUGGGGACCGGCCAGCCUCUUCCUCCUCAGAGGCUGCAGACAGACAGACGGACAGAUCUCUGGAUUCCAGGCCUGGACCCAAGAGAGGCUCGGGCGGCCGCCCGCUGGAGGAGUCAAGGCACGGGCGCUGGCUGGGUCCCCGCUGCCCCGGUACGAGGGGACCCCAGGGCUCCCAGCCCAGCAGGAUCCCGAGACCCACUCUGCAUUGACCAGGUUCCUUCUAGAACUGGUGACAGCGACCAGGAGGACCAGGACGACUAAGACAGCCGCGGCAGGGGAGCAAGCCGGGGGACGGGACUCGGGGGUUCUCCCAGGAAGUCGCUGCCUCGCUGCCGGGGGCUCACAGCCUGGGCCCCCCUUCCCCCUUCCCCCGUCCCCCCGCCCGGGUUUUUAUUUAUUUAAAUAGUAGUGGGAUGCUUGGCACAGCGGCCUGGCCUAGGAAAACCUUUGCCUCAUCAACUCUCCGAAUCUCCAAGUGCAAUAUUUUAACGGCCGCCUCGUGAGCACCAGCCGACCCAGCCGGGGCAGCCCCCCCCCCAAAGGGACGGGGGUGCCUCACCGGUGGGUUUCGGCGCUGCGGGUGCGGGGCCUUCGGGACUGACCUCACCCAGAAAUCCAGCCUCCCUGGGGGAGGGGGUCCCUCCAGGGGGGAGUCGCUCUGGGAAAGCGUGACCCCCCUCUCUGACCACACAGAAGCCCAGUUCUGGGGCAAAUAAAAGUCCUGUGUUACUUGUUCUCGA